UACCCGAUGUAUCUCGGUUUACGGAUUGAGUUGCGUGUUUUUUUUCAUUCGUCGGAUAAUUUUUUCCUCACCGCGCUAGUGAUUUUACAAUAUAUAUCAAUGAUUUUACAUGCACACGUUAUUGAAAAAAAUCGAAUAUAGAUGAAGUUGCUGAAAUGAUUGGCUGGUUAUUGAAUAUCUUGGUUAUUAUAAGUAUGUACUCAGAUUUAUGGCGAACGCCACGAACUUGCCUUUGAGCCAUCUGGAUUCCUUUCGAAAAUACCAACAUUCAAAAAAUCAGGGUAACCACGCGGCGCUAACACCGUUGGAAGAUAUGUCGAGUGGUAGAGGACAAGCCGGCGGAGGGCUACCGCAAAAUUGUUUGAAAGUCUUCAUCCAGCGCGAUUACAGCGAAGGCACUAUGGUUAAAUUUCAAACAAGGUUUCCCUCCGAGCUUGGGGGUAGACUGGAUAGUCAAUUGUUUGAGUACACGAUCAAUCAGUUGAAUAACUAUUUUGCGGAAGCGGAACGUGCAAGCUGUUCGACGUACUGCGAAGGUUGUCUCGCCUGUCUAACGGGCUACCUAAUCUACAUAUGUACAGAGACGCACUACGAAAAGUGCUUGCGAAAAGUAGCAAAAUUUGUUAGCGAACAAAACGACAGAGUUUACAGGCCCCGAGGCUUGUUAUUGACUGAUCCAACGACACGCGGUCUCAGGUUAAUAGAGAUUUCUGUUCUGGACAGACCUGCGUCGUGACUGCAUGCUAGUCGAUCCACCGAGUUCUUCAUGUGACACGCCAACUUUCGCAAUUUUAUACUUUGAUAGAAUCACGCUCGACAUCUCAAUGUCUCUGUAGGAUGUCAUUCGAUCGUAGAUAAUUAUGGCAGCAUUUAUUUCAUGCAUUUAUCGAAGAAUACACGAAUUUCUGUUUAUAUAUAAGAAUCUAAUUUUUAGAACUAAUCAAUCGCAAUCUUUUCCUUUAUUUACCGUAUAUCUGAGAUACCACAGACUUAUUACAGCGUCGAGUAGAUAUUUCUAAAAUUUGUUGAACGAUUUGCAGUAAUCGAAAGCUGUAUGGAACGUUAGUUUGACGUUGCAGAUGAAACGCGUAAUUGAUCCCGUAGACUCUCCUCCUUCCUUGAUACACUACAGAUGAAGUUUAAGCGAUACAUCACUGACGCGUGCAACAAUUAGCAUUUCCGACUGGCGUAUGUUGACGAAUAGACAAAUUAAUUACAUAUCGAAUCCAAUAAAACUGGCAUCGGAACGUUGUAAUCAUACUUAGCCCUAGCGCACAUGUAUGUGGUCGUGAACGACCCCAGCUGACUUUCCCACUGCGCUCCUAAGCUAAAAAUUGACGUUAUCGCGUCAAUACUUACGUUAUAUUACGACUAAACUUCCAUGAAAUCAAAUUCUCUCUUUACCACUCAUUCUCUGAUUAGCAAGAGAAAAGUUUUAUUCGUGUCCUUACAAGUCUCCUUACUGUUUUUAAAACGAUUUUAUGAACACGAGACGCGUACGAUCCCACUCAUGAGCUAUAAGGUAGAAAAAAAGAUAUACAUGUUCUAGGGUUAAGAUGGAUCGCUUGAAAAAUCACUUUUUUUCAGUAUUGUUAUAGAAAUAAAUUCUUCGAUUUUGGUAUAAAUGCUGCGAGAAUAGGAUCGCCCAUCUUACGUCGUUGACGGGCAUGGAGAAAGCAACUUUGUACUGUUAAUUUUUUUUUUUUUGCUUACUCAACGAGACUCUUUGGUUCAACGAAGAGGGAAUUGAUUGCAGGAAAAAUUAUCUAGGAAAAUUCAUUAGUAAAUUAAACAAUUUUUCCAUGCCUAUCACUGGCCUUGAAAUUUGUUACGACGUAAUUGAGAGUAAUUAUAAUAAAAAAGUAUUACUCCUCGUUAUUCUCAUCUCUUACUCGAUUUUUAACGCGUUAGUAUCGGACUUUAAAAUAUUGCAAUAUCUUAUACGACAAACGAUCGGGAUGAAUGCCAAAUGUAGACUUUACGAUUAUCCAUCUCGAGAGUGAUUCGAUUUCCCGGGCGAGUCCGUAUCCGACGGCAAUGUCAGUGCUAUUCUUUUUCUUUAGACGUCAAUUGUAUUUUCUCUAUUGUACAAAGACUAUUAAAUAUUAUUAUUAUAGGUGUGUUUGUACAUAAAUUGUCUCGAUUAUUUGAUGGAAUCGAGAGCGUAUCCAUUCGCAUGUAAGGAUACGACAAGUUCCCGUGUAAUAUAUUAUAUAUAGGUAUAAAGUAAUACGGCAUUCGUAAGUAUAUAACUAGUAUAAUUUCUGCAAUAACAGAAUAUUUGAACAAAAUAUUUGUAAUAGUACAUGGGAAUAUUAUAUUAAUUUCAAUUAAUCUUUAUUUAUUGUUUGAAUAGCUUAUCGAGAAAAUGCAUUUAAUUGUAAGUUUAACGGCGUUGGAAAAUUAUCCUCAGUUAAUCACGAAAGCUAGCACUUGAAACUGUACAUCAUACAGCAUAUAGUAUAAAUUUAGCUGAAUAAUUUUUUACCAAACGCGUUUAAAAGUUGACAGAAAUUUUAGCGAAUAUUGUUUACUUCCAAUUACUUAUUUUUUUUUUAAUUUUUUUUUUUUGUGACUCUCUCUCUCUCUCUCUCUUAUAUUUUGUGGUAGAUAUGCCACCUUUAUUACCAACAGAAUGUCAGUCGUUAUUGAGGUUUUUCAAAAUAUGCUGAAAACUUUUGCAUCGAAUGACAGCGUCGAAAGUUAAAUAAACAAAUUAUCGUACGUGAAGAACCCAUGGAUCGGCUCUAGAAAUUGGGGUGUAUUGAAAAAACACCCUGGAUUUAGUAUUAUGUGAAAUUAUAAUU